ACAUCCUUUCUCCUCCCAACAAAUCAAUUUAUUUUCCUUACAUUACAUUACAUAUUCCAUCAUACCACACAACUACUCUCUUAAAUUCCUCCCAUCAUCUUCCUCUUCUUUUCGGCGUCCUCUGUUACUAUUUGUGCAUUUACAUACAUUUACAAAAAUCCGAAAGAUAAAUUAUGGAGAACCACCAGAGCGGAUCACCUGACAAUGGUUUGUGCAUUAGUGGCGGAGUCAAGUACGAGGACCCAUUGUACUGGGGAAGGGCUGCCGAAGCCGUAUCCGGCAGCCACCUCGAAGAAGUGAAGAGGAUGGUUGAGGAUUAUCGUAAGCCGGCUGUUCGUCUUGGAGGUGAAACACUAACGGUUGCUCAAGUGACUGCCGUUGCGGCUUCCACCGAUGCGAAGGCCGCAUCGGUAGAGCUCGCUGAGUCGGCUCGUGCCGGAGUCAAAGCUAGUAGUGAUUGGGUGAUGGAUAGUAUGAGUAAAGGUACUGAUAGUUAUGGUGUUACCACUGGUUUUGGUGCUACUUCUCACCGGAGAACUAAGCAAGGUGGUGCGCUUCAAAAGGAGCUUAUAAGAUUUUUGAACGCUGGAGUAUUUGGCAAUGGAAAGGAAACAAGCCACAUAUUGCCUCACACAGCAACUAGGGCAGCUAUGUUAGUGAGAAUCAACACCCUUCUCCAAGGAUACUCAGGCAUCCGUUUCGAAAUCUUAGAGGCUAUUACCAGCCUCCUCAACAGUAACAUUACACCUUGUCUUCCCCUUCGCGGAACAAUCACUGCCUCAGGGGACCUUGUCCCACUCUCUUACAUUGCUGGUCUGCUAACAGGAAGACCCAACUCUAAGGCUGUUGGCCCUGAUGGAGAGGUCCUUAACGCGGAACAAGCCUUCAAGUUGGCACAAAUCAGCUCGGGAUUCUUUGAGCUUCAGCCCAAGGAGGGUUUGGCCUUGGUAAAUGGUACUGCUGUUGGAUCAGGGUUGGCAUCAAUAGUGCUGUUUGAAGCGAAUGUCCUUGCCGUGCUUGCAGAGGUUAUAUCAGCUGUUUUUGCUGAAGUCAUGAAUGGUAAACCCGAGUUUACUGAUCACUUGACUCACAAAUUGAAGCAUCACCCAGGACAAAUUGAGGCUGCAGCUAUUAUGGAGCACAUCUUAGAUGGUAGCUCAUACAUGAAGGCUGCUAAGGCGUUGCACGAGUUGGACCCACUUCAGAAGCCCAAACAAGAUAGAUAUGCUCUCAGGACAUCACCCCAAUGGCUAGGACCACAGAUUGAGGUCAUCCGCUGGGCUACAAAGUCUAUUGAGAGGGAGAUUAACUCUGUUAAUGACAACCCACUUAUUGAUGUGUCGCGUAACAAGGCCUUGCACGGUGGAAACUUCCAGGGAACACCAAUCGGAGUUUCCAUGGACAAUGCUAGGUUGGCUAUUGCUGCCAUCGGAAAGCUAUUGUUUGCUCAGUUCUCUGAACUUGUCAAUGACUUUUAUAACAACGGUCUUCCAUCGAACCUUACAGCCAGCAGGGACCCCAGUUUGGACUAUGGUUUUAAGGGUGCUGAGAUUGCAAUGGCCUCUUACUGUUCAGAGCUCCAAUUUUUGGGUAACCCAGUCACUAACCAUGUCCAAAGUGCAGAGCAACACAACCAGGAUGUGAACUCCCUCGGUCUCAUCUCUGCUCGCAAGACUGAAGAGGCAGUAGAUAUCUUGAAGCUCAUGUCAUCUACCUUCCUUGUCGCACUAUGCCAGGCUAUUGACUUAAGGCAUUUGGAAGAGAAUGUCAAGCACGCAGUGAAGAACACCGUAAGCCAAGUAUGCAGAAGAGUCCUGAUUACCGGUGCCAAUGGAGAGCUCCACCCUGGAAGGUUCUGUGAGAAGGAGCUCAUCAGAGUAGUCGAAAGAGAAUACGUGUUUGCUUAUGCUGACGAUCCUUGCAGCUGCACUUAUCCCUUGAUGCAGAAGCUCCGACAGGUCCUUGUUGAUCAGGCUAUCGCUAAUGGUGACAGUGAAAAGAACGUGAGCACAUCUAUCUUCCAGAAAAUUGGAGCUUUCGAGGAGGAGCUUAAGGCACGCCUUCCUAAAGAGGUAGAGGCAGCAAGGGCUGCUUACGAGAGUGGUAACUCUGCCAUUCCAAACAGGAUUAAUGAAUGCCGGUCUUACCCAUUGUACAAGUUUGUCCGCGAAGAGCUUCAGACCAACUUGCUGACAGGAGAAAAGGUGGUAUCUCCAGGAGAAGAAUGUGACAAAGUAUUCAAUGCAUUGUGUGAGGGUAAGAUCAUCGAUCCCCUUCUUGCUUGCCUUGAGGAGUGGAAUGGAACUCCUCUGCCUAUCUGUUAAUAAGCUUACAAGGUGUUCUAAAAUCAAGUCGAUUAUGUACUAUUCGUUUCAUUUUGUUAUAACCUAAUGUUCAGAGAUUUAUUUUGGAUCGCGGUUGUUAGAGGACAACAUUUUUUUUUUCUUACUUUAUUUUUCCUCUCUUGUAAUGUCAAUGUAAUGAUAUGAUUAUAUGUUAAUUACCUGUUACUAAACCUGCAAAGUGAGUUCUUAAAUCUCAGGAAAUAAAAUAGCAACACUUCUUUUUUCCAUCUAAA